AUGGUGAAUGAUAAAAAAGAUGAAGAUAAGCAUUCUGUUGCGUCUGCCCCUGAUAUUAUUAUAACAGACACUGUUGAAGUUGUCGAUAAAUCAGAGAUGGAGGAUUUUGUCACCAAAUCAUUACUACUACCUCAAAUUAAUCACAUUGAAGAUGAACAUACAUUAAUGGGAUUAGCUCCUAGAUCCCAGUCUAAUCGGUGUUUAUCUGUUAGUAAUUGUGAUAAUAGUUAUGAAUCAGUAUCUGGUAUUAGAAUGACUGAAAUAGUACCAGCAAAUAGUAACAUUUAUGACAAUGACAACGAAUUAUCAUGGCAAAUACCAAUUCAUGUUUUUAGCUCUAAAAGACAUUCGAAGGAUUCUUCAUCUCGAUUAAAAAGGAGAUUAAGGUCAUAUUAUAAAGCCCAGAAUGAAUUAAUCAGUGUUUAUGAACAGUUACAACAAGGACCUGGUAGUAAUGGUAAUGAUGGUACUAAUAAACAUGACCAAAUUACAUUGAUAUUGUCUCGUGUAUCUUUUAUAGCCAAUCUGUUGUUGUUAUUUGGAAAAGCUGUAACAGUAGCAUUAUCUAGUUCAUUAUCUAUUAUUUCAAGUUUAGUUGAUUCAUCAGUUGAUUUGCUCUCAGGAUUAAUAAUUUGGUGGACAUCUAGUACUAUGAAAAAAAGAAAUAUUUAUUUAUAUCCUGGAGGAAGAACACGUCUGGAACCAUUAGCUAUUGUUGUAUUAUCGGUUAUAAUGUCAUUAGCUUCCUUCCAAAUAGUAAUAGAAUCUAUUCAGAAAAUAGUGGCAUUAGUCAACAUUUCGGACAAUAUACCCACAUUUGAUAAUAUUACUAUUAUUAUAGUCAGUACUACAGUCGUGGUAAAACUAGGUUUAUUUAUACUGUGUUAUAUAAAAGGAAGAAAUAUUUCAUCUGUAAAAGUUUUAUUACAAGAUCAUCGUAAUGAUACUCUCUCUAAUCUUAUAGCUAUUAUAUGUGGCUAUUUAGGAUCUAAAGAGUUUGUAUCUACUACUGGUAAUAUUAAUGUCAAGUUUAUUGAUCCCUGUGGAGCUAUUAUUAUUGGUAUUUAUAUAUUGAUAAGCUGGUGGAGAACUGGCUGGGAACAAAUCAAAUUGUUAACAGGUCAUACAGCUAAACCAGACUUUCUCAGUAAAAUCACCUGGAUGUGUUUAAACCACCAUAAAUCUGUUCUUCAAAUAGAUACUGUGCGGGCAUUUCAUUUUGGUAAUAAUUUUCUGGUGGAAGUGGAUAUUGUGCUACCAGAAGAAAUGACAUUAAAAACGGCUCAUGAUAUUGGAGAGGCUUUGCAACAAAAAUUAGAGAAACUUACAGACGUAGAACGUGCUUUUGUACAUUUGGAUUACGAAUCUGAGCAUAGACCUGAAGAGGAACAUAAACUACUCUAGUGUUCUGUCUCCUAACUGUGGAGAAUGUAGACCAUAUUUUUUGGGAAAGAUUUUAAUGUGAAGGAUCAAGUAUUGAGAUUAUAAAUAGGAAUAUGUAUCUUCCAUUUUAUAAUGUGAUAUUUUAGUUUGUUAUGUAAUCAUUAUUUUUGAUGUAGACAAUUUGAUGGUGAAGAUAUUAUAUUUGAUAUUUGAAUUUGGGGAAAUAUAAAUUGACUGAAAUUUAUCUAUAAAUGUUUACUGACUAUCAAAGAUUAUUAAAAAGAUUUCCACAUUUACUGCAAUGGUUCUAUUUGAAAGACAUACAAUAGUCAUAUGAGUU